GAUCCCGGCUCGCACUGGCGCAUCGCUGGUGGCCGAGCGGGCCUGGCACCUUCUCGGAUGGCUGUAGCUCCUCCAAGUUACUGCUUUGUGGCCUUCCCGCCACGUGCAAAGGACGGUCUGGUGGUAUUUGGGAAAAAUUCAGCUCGGCCCAGGGAUGAAGUGCAAGAGGUUGUAUAUUUCUCAGCCGCUGAUCAUGAACCUGAGAGCAAGGUUGAGUGCACUUACAUUUCAAUCAACCAAGUUCCCAGGACCCAUGCCAUUGUGAUAAGCAGACCUGCCUGGCUUUGGGGGGCAGAAAUGGGAGCCAAUGAACAUGGAGUAUGCAUAGCCAACGAAGCCAUCAAUGCCAGAGAACCAGCUGCCGAGACAGAAGCCUUACUGGGGAUGGAUCUGGUCAGGCUUGGUUUAGAGAGAGGGGCAACAGCUAAAGAAGCCUUAGACGUCAUUGUCGCCUUGUUGGAAGAACAUGGACAGGGUGGGAAUUAUUAUGAAGAUGCAAACUCCUGCCACAGCUUCCAAAGUGCAUAUCUGAUCGUGGACCGUGAGGAGGCCUGGGUGCUGGAGACUGUAGGGAAGUACUGGGCUGCGGAGAAAAUCACAGAGGGAGUCAAGUGCAUUUGCAAUCAGCUUUCGCUCACGACUAAAAUUGACGCAGAGCAUCCGGAACUCAGGAGUUAUGCUCAGAGUCAAGGUUGGUGGACGGGAGAGGAUGAGUUUAAUUUCUCUGAAGUUUUUUCUCCAGCUGAUGACCAUCUAACCUGCUGUUCAGGCAAAGACACCUUAGAAAAGCAAGAAGAAAGCAUCACUGUGCAGACUAUGAUUGAUGUCCUGCGGGACAAAGCCAGUGGAGUCUGCGUAGAUUCUGAGUCUUUCCUCACCACAGCCAGUGCCGUGUCUGUCCUGCCUCAGAACAGAAGCUCACCAGGCAUCCACUACUUCACUGGGACCCCAGAUCCUUCCAGGUCCAUAUUCAAGCCUUUCAUCUUUGUCGAUGAUGUAAAACUAGUCCCCAAAGCACAGUCUCCCUGUUUUGGGGACGAUGACCCAGCCAAAAAGGAGCCUCGGUUCCAGGAGAAGCCAGACCGCCGGCACGAGCUGUACAAGGCACACGAGUGGGCCCGUGCCGUCCUGGAGAGUGACGAGGAGCAAGGUCAGAAGCUGAGGAAGACAAUGCUGGAACUAGAGAAGCAAGGCCUGGAAGCCAUGGAGGAAAUCCUGACCAGCAGUGACCCCCUGGACCCCGCUGAAGUGGGGGAUCUCUUCUAUGACUGUGUGGACACGGAGAUUAAGUUCUUUAAGUGAAGUAAGCGUUCCCUUUCCCCUUCUUAUUUAAAACUUCCCACCUUACUAAAUUACCAGCAAAACAAACCACUCUCCUGUCCGAGUAAAAUGAGAAAGUUCAGAUGCGUCAAAGUCACACUGUCCCCUUGUGUUCUGCCUUGAACCUCACAACGCCGCCCCCUUCUUCUGCAGCGUAGAUCCCCUCCUUCUGCAGUGUAUAAUGUGUAUCCCCUUGCCUGUUGUCCGAUCGUAUGACUGUGGAUUUUAAGCUGCUAUUAUUGUAUUUCAGUGACAAUGGACACAUUAGCCUUUUCAUGGGAGGACUAGAGUCCAUCAAAGCCGUGAAAGACAGGCUCCUUGGCGCCGAGUUUGCGGGAAAGGCAAAAUCUCUUGGUCUUACUCUUUGAGUAGCGGUUUCUUUCAGGUUAACAAAAGGCGUUUGUCUGGCCCUGAGCUCUUCUCUGUGUGUGCCGGAGGGAGGCUUCCACUGAGUGCAGGCCAGUAACGCAGAAUGCCCCCAGCUGUGUCUUCUGAGAUGCAAAACAAGUGGGCAAAACAAGUGGGAAGGAAUGAAGGGGGCUCUGCUGACUCCAGGCACAGCUCCAUCCGGAUUCUCUUGAUCCGAAAGAACCUGUGCACGGUGGUUGUGUGUGGUGGAUCCACACAGACGGCUUCCACCUGCUGUGUGAGCUGGAACCUGCCCCACCCCGCCCCCACCCCCGUAGGGAUUCCGGGGGGCUGCACGUAACACUCCUAAUCCGGGCGUGGCUCUCCUACAAGGCGAGGGGCUGUCCCUGCUGCUCACCCGCCGCGCAGAUGCGCUUGUGUCUUGAAGUGAUUCUGGGCCUAGUUACUGCCAUCUAGUUUAGAAUUAAUUAAAUGGCCCUGUGGCAGAGUUCCACCCCACAAAGCUGCAAAUUUCUCAGCUAAUGAGGGAAGGAAAAGGAGAAACUUUUGGCUGUUUAGAUUCUAGUUAAAGUAGCUGGAAUCUGAGCAGCCACCCCAUUAUCUCAGCAGAGACUUUAAUUAAACUGAUUUGUUUCCCAUGUUGUGGGCGCAUGAAGGAUCUAACUUACCAGCAGAGCUCAGGAGAGCAUGCGAAGAAGAACAGAUGGGCUCAGCACAGGAAGACAGAGGGCAGGAAGGCGACAGAUGGAUGGAGAAGCAUUUCGCUCCAGGGGACAGUGCCACCCUCGCCUUCCUGCCCAACCCUGUCACAGCCCACAAAGCUGUGGAGAAAGCACCUGGCUUGCCCUGAUCUUUCCCUUUGUUCUUCGCGCCCCACAUGGCCAGGUAGCCACUUUCAGGCUAGUAGCUGAAGUGGGCAGGUGGUGGUGGUGGCAGGGUCUUACCUCCAGCUAUUGAAACUCUCAACCACUCUUGACAUGGACAGAGGCAGCGAUGAGGAGGAGAGGUGUGCAUGUUAAUAUAGCAAUGGGUGGGAGGGCUUCGGCUUCAUGUCUCCAGCUUGACCUGUACCGUCUGGGCCCAGUCACCUUCACUGGUGAUAGGUAUUUGCAAAUGGAAAUAAUAUGAGUGCUAGGAGUCAGAAAUGACUUCCAGUUAGACUCCUUUUCCAGCUGCAAUGUAUCAUAUGCCAUGAGAGCUGGAGAGGAAUUGGGCCCCAGACACAGACGUAGACACAGGGUCACAGGUGUUACUGGAACAAAUCUUUUUUUCUACUAGCUCCCCUCUAAGAGUGUAGGCAUAAGAGCACUGUGAGUUUUUUGCCCAGAAGUUUUGAAAAUUCUGUAUAUAAAAUCACUGUGAGUGAUGAGACAUGGGAGCAAUAUUUGAGCUGAAAAAAUUAACAGUGACUGUUCCCAGCAGCUUGUGGUUGCUGAAUUUUGUCCGGGUUUGGCCUGAGCUUUCAGUGAGAGCUUAGGGUCUCCUCUUAGGUGGCAUGGCCAUUCUGAGAGCGUCUACAGCUGCUGAGUGGGGAAGGGCAAGCCUUGAGGAUGACACAGGCACCUCAUCCCCUCCCAAGCCCACCUGCUGAGUGGUUCUUUAGAGCAAGAUGAUGCAAAAAGCCACUACAGAAUUCUACCACGUGGUCUCUCCUUCCCCUGUCAUAGAAACAGUUCCUCAGACCUGGCAUGUCUGAGAUACCCAAGGUGAUUAGGGGUUUGAGCAAAAGAAGUCUAGUGAGAAUAAAUUACCCAGAGGCCCAGCUUUCAUUAUUAUGGGCCAAGCAAAGGUCACGGACUACCCAGCCAGCCUUAUGCCAUUACCCAGCCACUGUGCAGUGGGAAACAACAAUGACCAAUUCUGUUAAGGACAUUGACCUUAGCCCAGCAACCCAGAAAAAGGCCAACCACAGCUAGAGGUCUGUGGGUUAACACUAUUAUCACAAUUGUGAUGCCACUGUCUUACCACUAGAGGGCGGGGCAGCCCUUUCGUGGCAGAAGUUAAAGAGGCUGGGAUGCUUUUAUUAGACCUGUACAGAAGUGUACAGUUAAAGCUUGAAUAAUAGCAGUGGAGAGGUUCUUUGUGCAUUGGGAUGCGUGGGGAAAGACAAGAAGAGAGCAAAGAAUCUGCUGAUGCGGAUGUUCAGUUCUAGCAACAGUAACAGUUUGAAAUAUGCAGUUGGAUUUUGAGGACACUUGCUGGGGGGGAAUGUUUGUUUUUAAAUGCUCCUAACAGACUCUGUUUUUGAAAAAUGCUUAUCAUUACGUGGAUAAUUUCUUGACCAGGGAUUGAUUUUCUAAAGGCAGUAUGGGGAAAAUGAAUAUAUGCAAGGUGAACUAUGAAAAUUAAUGUUUAGAGGUCAGUGUGUAAAUAGCUUCCUAAAAUACCGUUUGUGUAUCCAUUACAAUCUGGGGGACGGGAGGGGACUGUGCACGCCGUGUGCAGAAGGAAGACGUGGCCUUGAAGGACAGACUCUCUCCCCUGUUCUCACGCCCCGUAACCACACAUAAGCUAGUUAGUCUUGGCAGUAGAUGGGAUUUACCACUCACUCUGAGGAGGAGCAGAAGCUCCACUAAAAGUAAAUUAGCACAGCAGAAGUAGUACUCUUUCAUCCUUGGAGAUGGUUUGGAAUUUUAGGUAGAAUAAGGACAUACUUGAAAUUACGGUGAUUCUUUAGUGCCCAGUAACAUAAGACAGUGUUAUUAUUAGAAAGAGUCAUUCUUAUAAGCUAACAGAGCAAGUCUGUGCCUAUUAGAUAUUAGCAGUGAAGUUCCUUCACUUUUGGAUGGAUUUAUUAGGUGUAAAAAAUAAUUAUCAAUGAGGCAAACUCUGCUCACCUGUCCUCCCAGGUGGGUCCGGUUGUUACAAAGUUCUGCCCAGCCCAGCAGGAAAGCCAGAUGGGGCCAGUGUAUCUGUUGAGAAACCACUGACUGCGUUCUUGACUGAGGGGUAGUCCAGGCGUUUCUGGGGAAGGUCUUCAGCUGAGCUUCCCCAGGAGGGAGGGAGGGGCCGGGGGAGGGCCGGGCGGCGGGUCACGCAGCCCAGCACCGCCUGUGCUUCCCUGUAGUCGCGGCCUUUCAUUGCACAUGGUCUUAAGUCCCAGCUCCUCUCCUGUGGUUUGUGUCAAACGUGCUUUAUCUGAUUGAAUCCAAACAUCCUAAGAUGUCACAUGCGGAUUUCUCGUGGGGAUGAAUAUGUAUAUGUUUGCGGUCCUGUUGUGAGAAGUUAAAUGUGCGAGCUGAAAAGCGCUAGGGGCAGGGAAUAAUAAAAAAGGAGAACCUUUCUGUUUCCUGCAGUGGGAACUGACUGUGUCGUCUUAAUAGCCUUUUGUACAAAUAUCUACCAACCAGAUAACUUUCCCAUCCAGUGCUUGCCCUUGGAACUGUCUCUAAAUACAUCAAACAUACAAUAAAAAAGUACUGAGAUUAAUGUC